GCUUAUAUGAACUUAUGAUUCAGAAAACCAAAGAGAAAAUAAGAAUGGCGUCUUUCUUCGGCGCUUAGAUAUUGGUGUUGCGAUAUUCUGGAAAGUGUUUUAUUGAUAUCAAGUAUAAUAAUUGUAUGGCGAUAUAACAUUCCGAUACUUUAAGAAGAGUGUACCCUGUAAUUAAAGGAUAACUGGUCAGUUAUAAUGGCUCCAGUACCAUUAGAGGGACACCAAACUCCUGUGGCGAAUAAUAUACCACAGGAGGGGAAUCGUGGUGGUUCUAUUUCUCUGGGGAUGCUAAUAGACUUUAUUAUACAGAGAACUUACCAUGAACUUACUGUACUUGCUGAGCUCCUGCCACGCAAAACAGAUAUGGAGCGUAAGAUUGAGAUAUACAAUUUUUCUGCAAGAACGCGACAAUUGUUUGUGCGUUUAUUGGCAUUAGUAAAAUGGGCAAAUAGUGCUUCAAAAGUAGAUAAAUCUGCACAUAUUAUGGCAUUUCUAGAUAAGCAAUCUCUACUAUUUGUGGAUACCGCAGAUAUGUUAGCUAGAAUGGCUCGUGAAACCCUUGUACAUGCUAGAUUGCCUAAUUUUCACAUACCUGCUGCUGUGGAAGUUCUUACAACUGGAACUUACAGUCGCUUGCCAGCCUGUAUCAGGGAAAGGAUAGUUCCUCCCGAUCCUAUAACACCAGCAGAAAAAAGAACUACGUUGCAACGGCUUAAUCAAGUGAUUCAGCAUCGUUUGGUGACCGGAAACUUAUUACCACAGAUGCGUAACUUGAAGAUCGAGGCUGGAAGAGUUACAUUUCUCGUAGAACAAGAGUUUUCAGUCUCCCUCACUGUAAUGGGUGAUGGUCCUGCAGUUCCCUGGCGAUUACUAGAAUUAGAAAUUCUUGUUUCUGAUCGUGAAACAGGAGACGGGAAAGCAUUGGUGCAUCCAUUGCAAACCAGAUACGUACACCAAGUCGUACAAUCGAGAUUGGCAGAAAGUACAAAUCCUCUUUCAGAAGUUUACCACAUUCUACACUAUUUUUGUCAAUCCCUACAACUGGAAGUGUUAUACUCGCAAACGUUAAGAUUAAUUCGUGACAGACUAGACGAUCACAUACACGUUGAUGAAUAUGUGCCAGGAAAAUGUUUGUCUAUAUCAUAUUGGAGAGAAUUAACAAGUAAAGAUCCUAGAUCCGAACUUGGAUACAGAUUGACUGUUCAAGUUGAUCAACAUGAUCCUGCUAGACCACUUGCGGUAGUACACGUACCUUCACUAGGUAGUAAAGAAAGUGAGAUAGCAGACAGAGCCAUAAGAUCAGAUCAGCUAUCAAUGGAGUGUUUGCUGGUUCAUACUAUUUACGUUAGAACAAGAAGUAGACUUUCGGAAUUAAAACAGGAACUGCAGGCAAUGUUAAAGGAUGUCGAAUGUACUCUUGCUGGUUCACCGGCAAUUUUGUCGGUCCCAAUUCUUCAGCCUUGCUUGCGAGCUGAACUCCUUCUGGUUACUGUAGACACGCAUACAGGCAUGUUACAGUGUCAUGUACCGCAAUAUGACGCACCACUUGUACCAGAAUUGACAACCGCCUUAAACGGAGAUCAUUCUCGUCUCCCUACUCUUAUAUCAGAAUUGAGAUUUUGGAUAACUCAAAGACGAUGCGAGAAGACCUUACAGCAUCUACCAGCUACACCUCAUGAACGUUUACCUUUACUGCAUCAUCCAGAUCAUCCAAUGUCUAAAAUCAGCAGACACCGGAUGUUCGUGCAAUUGCAUAGACAUCCCACAGUUAUAUUAAUCGUCGCAUUCAAAGAGAAAGAAUCAUCCCAGUGCGAGAUUGAAUGCUCAUUUUAUUUAGCAGUCGUCAAGCAUAGUUCCAUUGAGGAUGAUCCUCAUGAUGAUAGCAUAGAAACAGAAAUUCCGAAAAUGUAUCUAAAGGUCCAGAGUCUUAUUGAAUUCGACACUUUUGUUAUCACACAUGGACCAUUCACGAGCGUCGACAGUGGGAAUAAUGAUCAAGAUGGGGGGUGCAUUACAGAAGUGGUCGAGAAGGGUAACAACAAGCGCCGAAGUACUGGUGCUGGGGGAAGAACUGAUGCUGCAGGAACACCACAGAAUAGAAGAUUGAAGCAUCCUGCAUAUUUCAUCCCAGAAUUAGCUCACGUUGUGGCACUUUGUGAUGAACGUAUACCUUUUGUUACGUUAGCACAGGAACUUACCAGAAGAGACAUAGCACACCAAGGACUUCAGGUAGAAGCCAAUGCUACUGCGUUGGUACUGAAACUUGUACAAUUACCUGCACCGUCAUCAAGUAUUGCAUCGAGUAGUACUUGGCAAGCACUGCUUAAAAGACUUCUUAGUGUUUCCAUUAGAGUGCAGGGUAAAGGCAUGGCUAAAACUUGGAUGGCUGAAUUUGUCUUUUAUGGCAGUCCUGUUAGCAGUACUCAUCCUAAGGAACAAGGUUUACGGAGGCCAGUGUAUUUCCAAUAUGAAAUGGGAACGGCUGACACUGUAUCACGUACAGUAGACUCAUUAUUAAAUGAUUGGGCACAAAUUGUUCAUGUAUAUUCAAUUGUACAAGAUUUGGCUGAAUACUUCAAAAUGGAGAAAUAUAAUUUGAGGAAUAUGGUUACUAUUAAGUCUUUCAGCUAUAGUAAAUUGGUAUUUGCUUACGGUCCAAAUAGAGGAGCUACAGUAACUGUUCAGUGGAGUACAAACGACAAGGCAUUUAAACUUGUUUUUGGUAAAAGUCCCACAAAUACUACAGUAAAUGCUCAUUCCUUAGUAAAAGAACAGCUCGAAGCUCAUUUAAAUCGCCAUAGAAAUUUGGCUCAAAUUAUUCACAUACUUAGCGAAACCUUACAGCCUCUAACAUCUAUCAGCAAGUUACCAACUAUACCACAGCUCGGCGUUCACAAUUCCAGGCCGCAAGUUCCUGUUCAGACGUUUACCAUAAUGCCACAGUGUGUAACAUUAGUGAGAUUAGCGUAUCAGGGAAUGUACUGUUUGGAAUUACGACUUAGGGGACUUGGACUAGUAAGUUUACGUGAUGGAGCUUACAGUCGGUUUGAUAGAAGUAACGUUGUAGACGAAUUUACACCAACCCAAGGACUGAAGGCUUUUCUGUCAAAAUACGUUGACGAAAGUGCAGUUUUCCGAAGAAGAUCUCAAUCAGAAGAUGACAAUCCACCAUCUCCAGUAACAAUGGACAGUGAUGGAGGAGGUGGCAGUGUUGGUUUUCUAAGUCAUCACAGAGGAGGUCCUCAAUCUCCUGCUCAGCAAAGAGAUGGUCUUAGGUUUCAUCCGCCAUUAACGCCUCCAUCUAAUCCACACACCCCUGCAAGUCCGCACACCACAAAUAUCUCACAGGCUGGACAGCAUCAGAGUUUUGGAAGCAGUCCCGCCACUUCAUUUAAUUUGGCUUCACCACCUUCCUUGCCACCAAACACGCCUAAUAUGAUACCUCACCCUUCUCCAGGAUCAGGCCUCGUAGCAAAUAGUCCUUUGAAUCCCAUGCAUGUUCCUAGUCCUGCAGGACUCAUGCCAACGUCAUCCCCAGGACCUUGUAACAAUCAAGUAGGCCACUCGCCUGCAAGUUCUUUCAUGCAAACUGGUCACAUCGACGGAAGUCCAUUUCCUUCUUCUCAAAGUAUGGCUUCUCCAGCUGCAUCAAAUUGGCCGGGAUCUCCCAGUGUUCCGCGGCCUUCUCCAGCAAGACCAGGACACGCUCUUCAUAGUCCUCAAGCUUCUGAUCACAAAGCCGGAAGUCACAUAUCCAGAGUACUUCCGCAACGAUCCUGGGCUGGUGCUGUUCCUACUUUGCUCACUCAUGAAGCUUUGGAUUUAUUAUGCUCUCCCUCGCCUCAUCCUUCGGGUUUACCUGGACCAGAUAUUUCUCCACUAGAGAGAUUCUUAGGCUGCGUUUACAUGCGGCGACAGUUACAACGAUUUAUUCAAUCGGACGAAUGCCUAACAGCUAUCAAUAGUACAGAACCUGGUGUUGUACAUUUCAAAGUGGAAACUUUGCAAUGCAGAGUAGGAUUGAAUCCACAGCAUUUGCAAUCUCUUCACAUCAAAGUUCAACCACUUCCUGAACAUAAAGAUCAAUGGACCCUGGAGGAAUUACAGAUCAUUGAAAAAUUCUUCGACACACGAGCAGCAGCGCCACCAUACAAACCAAAUACUUUGUCAGGCUUUGGCAGGAUGCUCAAUGUGCCGUUCAAUGUGUUAAAAGAUUUCGUGCAAAUAAUGAAGCUGGAACUUGUUCCCGGCUUAGUACAACAACAACAACUGAAAUGGUCAGUACAAUGGUGUUUGCGAAUUCCUCCAUCAGCCACACCAAUUGUACCAACAGGAAUGGCUGCAGUUUUAGUAUGCAGAAAUAAGAUUCUAUUCUUUUUACAAAUUACAAGAAUUGGAGUACCCUAUCAGGGUGAAGCUCCGUCACUAGUUCUACCCUUAGUAUACGACGUCAAUUCAAACCUCACACAGCUUGCUGAGAAAAGAGAUCCGGGUCCAGCAUCAGCAACAGCUGCAGCAUCUUUACAAUUAAAGAGAUUUGCAGACUACGGUGCUAAUCCUUCAGAAUGUUCUUUGUUCCCUGCUGUCAGAGAUUUGCUAGCCAAUCUAACUCUGCCGUCGGAGCCACCAGUGAUAAAUCAGGUGGUAGCAUCUCCAGCCGGUGGUCAAGUUACGCCAACGCAACAAAUUCAGAGUCCAGCCAUGCAAAUGCAUUCUCCAAUGGCUGGAGGUCAGGGUCCGCCACAAGGACCUUAUGGUAUCCAGGGUAUGCCACCAAUGGGCAUGAUGGGCGGACCACCUCAAUAAGACUUGCUUUACUCUCCCAAUCCCCUUUGUAUACCGAACAGUCAGCCGGCUUGGCUCAAUUAAACCUAUUUCAUUAAUUUAAAAAAAUAAGAAUAGACUAAGUCAAUCAUGUCUCUUAGAGCUCGAGCUAAAACAUUGACAAUUGACAACUGACAAUUCGAUCGGGAACAUCUGGGAGAGUUUUAAUUAAUGUGAUUUUCAAUCGUGCGUUAAAUAUUAUCUUUUGUCUCUGACCAUUCUGUUUGUAAUUAAGAGUAGCAAAUGCAGUGAUAUAUUGUCAAUGGCCUCCAAGACAAUUAUAUUCAAUACACAGUGUAUAGAUAGAUCUGUUAUAAGAUUGUUGAUAUUAUUUAUAAAAAUAUGUCUUUUGUAUGAGCAAUGAGCUUGACGAUUAACAAUAUUUUAUUUCUAGUGAAAUCAUAAAAAUACAUUUGUUUAAAGUGUAAAUGUACGAACAGGAAUUUUUUCCGUUGUACAAUGAUAGAAUAACGUUUCUCGUGGUUGACUAAGGGAAUUUAAUAAUGAGUAAUGUACAUUGGAAUUCAGAAUUCAUACACUAUAUCAACAGUCAAGGACGUAGAAUAUAUUGAGAAAAACAUUUUUGCUAAACAACAUUAAAAGUGAAUUUUUGGUUUGACUUGCGAUAUGAAUGAAACAAAAUUCAAGUAAAAAUCGUACAAACAGAUCACUCAGUAUAAUGAAUAUCAGCAAUGCUCUGUAUAAUCAAUUAAAGUAUAUUACUUGUAAAUACAAAGUUAUCAAUUAAUCAACGGGAUUUCUAUAAAGCAAUUGUACACAUUCGGCUUGUCAAGUUUAAGAAUAAUAUAAAAUUUUUAUUUUAA